UUCCUCCCACUCCCACAGAUGCAUGUAUUAGAUGCAUCCUGCUGACAUACACUUAUCGGAUCUGCAGAAUUACUUGCGAACUUCGACCUCUAAAUCCUCGCCACGCUAGUUAUGAAACAACAACGGGCAAAAUGUCAUAAGUGAAUUGAAAUGAUUGUCCAAGGACACGGUGGCAGCUCAGCACCUCGAUCAGCUGAGAGUGGACCAGGAUUCACUGGAGUGAAAGAGGAUGAUGGGAAUUCCAUUUGGCUCUGAGUGAUUUAGCUGCUGCGCGUCUCGCUAAAGGCUGGCUCCUAUAGCGGUUAAGCUAGAUGCAUUCUUCAGAGAGAUGCUCAGCAGCACACAGGCUUAGAGAAGGCCAGACAGCGCUGUCAAAUGGAAAUUGAGUUAGUGUAUUGGCUGUAAAGAGAUCUGAGAACUUAGCGGGGUAGUCGGGGUGUUUUCAGUUUGGGAAAAAAAGAAAAAAGAAAUAAAAAUUAGAAAGCUCUGAGUGAGUGAACAUUUGCCCGUUAUUACAGCAUUCAUACAUUGGCAGAGAUUACAAAUAUUAUAGUACAGUCUUUUUUCUCCUAGCAUGUAUCAUCCUCCCCUCAUUGUUCCACCAGCGUUAUGAAUAUUUGAGGUUAACAUGAUGGCGUAGGUGGGACCCAUUGCAUGCUGCUGUUAUCGCCAAAACUUAGUUCAUUCCUAUGUCAAGGAGCCGGUGGAUAAUAGCCCCAGUGUGUGAGUACUAACUAGUCCUAACUGGUACCAUGCUGCCCUAAGCAGCCAGACAAUGGUGAGUAUUCUGCUUUGGGAUGGAGAGAGCGUGAGUGGGUGUAAGGAAUGACCAGUCUGGGGAAGGAGACGGGGGUGUCCAAUAUGGCCUCCACACAGUGACUGGACUGUGUGGCAGUCUGGAGGAGCGGGGAGGGGGGGACGCAGCACCACAAAGAUCUGUCUGUCUGCCUCUACACCCAGAAUCUAACUGUCAUCGUGGGAGAUGCAGAAAGAAAAGAAAGAAAGAGAGAAAGAAAGAAAGAAAGAAAGAAAGAAAGAAAGAAAGGGAUAGAUGGUGAGGGGUGAGAGAUGGGGGGGGGUGUUGCUGUCAAUCCCGUUUCAUUUGGCUGAGCUAGGGCAGUACAGUCGGGCGUGUUCGGCAGGCAGGAGAGACUCAGGGGAUGCUGAGAGAGAUGCAUCAGGGAGUUGGAGGACAGUCAGACAGGUCGGUGCCAGAGAAGGCUCCAUACAGAAUUAGACUGAAGACUGGAGUCUGUUCUGUUAACUCGUGGACCAUGGACAUCGUCCACUGGUGUGUUCAGAUAUUUCACUUUGGAGAAAGUUGAUGACAGUCGAUCGGACAGAAGAUUCUAGAUGGAUUCUACAGUGGCCACUUAAGAACCUGGAUGUGUCGAACUCCUGAAAUCCACAGAUCUCAGCCGCCACAGUCUCCUCUACCUGAAAGAGAUCGGAAAUGGCUGGUUCGGGAAGGUUCUGCUGGGGGAGGUGAACGCAGGCCUGAAUACCACUGAGGUGGUAGUGAAGGAACUGAAAGCCAGUUCUAGCGUGCAGGACCAGAUGCACUUCCUGGAGGAAGCCCAGCCUUACCGUGCUCUCCAGCACCCUGCUCUGCUGCAGUGUUUGGCCCAGUGCACCGAGGUCACUCCAUACCUGCUGGUGAUGGAGUUUUGUCCACUGGGGGAUGUGAAGGGUUACCUCCGAAGCUGCAGGACUGCAGAAACCAUGACCCCAGAACCCUUGAUCCUCCAGCGGAUGGCCUGCGACAUCGCCUCAGGACUCCUGCACCUGCACAAGCACAACUUCACACACAGUGACCUGGCCUUGAGGAACUGCUUGUUGACUGCUGAUGUCUCAGUGAAGAUCGGAGAUUAUGGCCUGUCCCACACUAAGUACAAGGAUGAUUACUAUGUGACAUCAGAUCAGAUGUACGUGCCGCUGCGCUGGAUGGCUCCAGAGCUCGUGGAUGAGGUGCAUGGAAACCUGCUGGUGGCCGACCAGACCCAACAGAGCAACAUCUGGUCUCUGGGUGUGACUAUCUGGGAAUUGUUUGAGCUGGGGAACCAGCCCUACAGACACUACUCUGACAGACAGGUACUCACCUACGCUGUGAGGGAGCAGCAGCUGCGACUGCCCAAGCCGCUGCUCAAAGUGCCCCUGGCUGAGCGCUGGUAUGAGGUGAUGCAGUUCUGCUGGCUCCAGCCUGAUCAGAGACCCAAUGCAGAGGAAGUCCACUUGCUGCUCAGCUACCUGUGUGCCAAGGGGGCCAGCGAGGCAGAGGAGGACUUUGAGAGGCGCUGGAACUCCCUGCGUCCCAAUACUGGAUUCAACAGCCACCGUGGUGCCUCUGUAAUGUCACGAGACCACCCCUCAUCAACCUCCUCUUCGUUCCCUCUCCUUGAGCAGUUCUCAGCAGGUGAUGGCUACCACUCGGAGUCCGGGGACGACAUACUAACAGUCACUGAAACCAGUCAUGGCCUGAACUUUGAGUACAAGUGGGAGCAAGCCAGGGCAGACCAGUCCUACAGAGCCCCAGACUCCUCUAGUACCCUGGGUCAGGUCAGCCAUCAUUGUCAGGAAGCAUUUUACCCACCAGGGGGCAUUGUGGGAGGCUGCCCUCUGGAGAGCCUCAGUCAUGGAGUUUCUCCUUCUUACUACCAACCAAAACAUCUACAUGCUCCCGGCGUACUUCCUGUCCUCAGUGCCCAUAGCCCCUCAGUAAGCAGUGAAUACUACAUCCGCAUUGAAGAGCCAGUGGAUUGUAACAUUGACCUGGACUAUACCAUGUGCUCCUACAGCCCAGACUAUCAGGGCAGCAGUGGGAGCUUCCUUACUGGGAGUGCAGACUCAGGUGAGUGCAUGGCCUGCCCAUCACAGGCUAAGAACAUGGCUCCCUAUUGGUCAGCAGACAUCCAUAAGUCAGAUGUGUACGACUCAAAUGACUCAAGUCCUGCGAUCUCCCUCACAAUGGAGCCUCUUUUAGGGCAGGUGUCGGACAGCAGCCCUCUACGACCCUGGGAGUCGAGUCACUAUGUGUCCUAUAAAGACAGAGAUGGGGGUUACUACUAUGAGCACUCACCGCCUUUGGGAAUAGAUCGCUAUCUGAUUGGCAGUGAACACUCUAGUGAGCACCAUCAGGAGAGCUGGGGGUCAAGGAGCUUGCGUCAGGCCUUGGGUGAGUUGGAGAACCCGCUCGGUAUAUCCCCCUCUGUGAACAGCCCACCUCAACAGGCCUACAGAGACACAUACCUGGACACAAGUCAGACCUCCAUCAUAGGAAAGAACGUAACCGGGGGCUACUACGACAUGAUGGGCUCCCUGAGGAAGACUAUGCCUAGCCACACCAGGCACAGCAGCCACUCUAUCAGUAUCAACAUGGAGACAGAGGGGGCGCUCUUCAUUGGACACAGAGACACUGAUUCAGAGGAGGAAGAAGAGGACAUCUUUGUUGAGAGACACACCUGCAACACUUGGCCUUCGAAACACCGCCAGAGCAGUGUGGGUCACCCCAGGCGGGCGAGCCACAGCUGCAGACAGGACGCUUAUGUAGAUUUCCACUACACAAUGCCAAGUACAGACAUCGAAGACUCCUGGCCGGAGGAGCACAGCCUGGCCUACCACUCUCUACCCAAACCCAUUGACUAUCUUGAGGCCAAAGACAAUAGUGCCUGCCUCAGUCUGAGUAAACACCAUGCAAUGGUGCCUUCAGACAACUGCAGUGCCUACAUCUACCUGUGCCAUGAGGGCGAGACUCAGGUGCCAGCAUCUGGAGACUGCUGCCACUCGCACUUUGUUGACCCACUCACCGGCUUGCUGGUCAGAAACAACAGCUACAGUCAUAGCUACAGUCACAGCAACUACAUCAGAGAUAAGAUCAUUGACAUCCCGAGCAAUGAGGAGAUGAUCAAUCUGUCACCAGCUCCAGGGGGUCCCAUUGUGCCCAAACCCACCUUGAUUAAGACUGAGGACUGUGGAGAGCAGUAUGUUGACCUUACAACUAAUGACACCCCAUUCAAGGAGAAGGGGGAGGAUGUAAUCAAGGAAAAUCUAAUCAUGCAAAAACCACCAGAGCCUAAAAUAGAGGAGGUGACCCUGACAAUGACUAAAGCCACUCCGCCUCCUUCUGACAACACGCAUGUGAUGGUGGUCCUCACAGAUCCACAGUCAGAGCUGAGUCAGACUGGAGACAGCGGCGUCGACAGAGGCAGCUCCAGCGUUUGCCUCGCUGACAUCCUCGACUGCAGUGACGACGAUGAGGACGAAGACAUCACAGACGACAUCACAGACGUUACCUCGGGCAUCUUCGCUGACGAGUCCAGCGAGCUGAACGCUUCUCCUGCCUUCAAGUCGCUACAGAAGCAGAUAGGAACUCCUGAUUCCAUGGACUCCAUGGAUCUACCGUCUGCAGCUGGCUCUUGUGAGGGCUUCAGCCCUGCAUCCUCCCAUCCUUCCAGCUCUCCUAAAGCUAUGGACAGCGGCUAUGACACAGAAAAUAAUGAGAGCCCUGAGUUUGUACCCAAAGAGCCUCAUGAACCCCGUGAACAACCUCUGGGGAAGCCUCACCUUGAUACAAGGCUGGAGGAGGACGAGGUGCUGGAGGAGCGGGGAGCCGAGGCUGAAGUGGUGCCCACAGAGGGUGAAGCAUCACUGGGUGAAGAUUUGGCCUCAGAGGCCUCACAGACCGGUGACUACAUCUUUUCACCACUAAGUGAUAAGACCCCAUACAGAGACUCUGCUUACUUCUCAGACUAUGAGAAUGAAAGGCAGUCAAGGGAUGAAGGGGAAGAACUAUCAGAGAGAGUAAGAGAUGAAGAAAAUGCUGAAAAAGAACAGCAAAGGGGAGAAAAGAAGGGCGAGAAAAGGAAGAGUGAAGAGGAGGAAGAACUUGAGGACCCUGCUGUGAACAAAGACAUAAAACGCACAUUAACAGGAAGAACAGAAUCCUCUUCUCCACCAGAGAUGGAGGCAUACAUGACAGAAGAGUGUGGACAGGAUGAGGAAUUGGGGCUACCUCCAGAGCCGUCUGACACUGCUUCAAUAACAGAGGGAGGACUGGAUGAAUGGCCAUCCCAGGAGGAGAGCUCAUCUCUAGGGGACUGGGCAGCAGAGGUGGUGGGGGCCAUGGAAGAAGCCCUCGGUGCCCUGAAUGGAGAUUGUACCUCCAACAUCAAGGUGGAGGAAGAGGAGGAAACGGAGGUCAUGAAAGACUCCGAAGCAACAGAAGAGCCAGCGAUCAAGACAAUUCAAAACAGGACAUCAGGGACAUCCGGAGAAAUCCUGCACACUUUACCCAAAGACGAGGUGGCUUUGCAGCACACUGCAAACACCAGACGGUUUUCUUCUUCCUCUCCUCCACCUCCAUCCACCCCUCCCCCUCCGCUCCCUGCGACAGAGGGCCGAGGAUCUCCAGCCGACGGGGAAGAGGCCGACGAGGAGGACGGCGACACCGAUGACAGCGACGAGUCGGACGAGGAGCUGCGGAGCUACAGCGUGCAGGAACAGAGUGGCGGGGAGGAGAGCGAGGACGAGUGUCACCCGGUGCCCAUUGUGGUGAGCGACGACAGCGAAGCACACAAACUGCGCAGCCUCCUGAAGAUGCCGACCCUGCUGACAGCAGAGAGCCUGGAGGAGGAGCUCGAACGCAAGAAGAAGACGGUGUCUUUCUUUGACGACGUCACUGUCUAUCUGUUCGAUCAGGAAAGCCCAACUAAAGAGCUGGCUGAGCACGGCUUCCCUUUAGGAGCAGAGGGUCAAAAUUCACAGAGCAAAUCCCACGAGAGGGUUAAUGGCUCAGAUGACUCCUCUGAUGGGAACAUCUCAGAGGAGAGUGCAGGAUAUGAGUGGGAGGAUGACUUCCCCCUGCUGCCUCUACCAACGUCCUCAGCGGCGUCGGACUCCCCGCCCACCCACUCCAUCCCCAAGGCCCCGGAUGCCAAACCAGCCGUGCAGUUCUCCCGCUUCACCGUCUCCCCCUCCAACGUGUCCCGUUUCUCCAUCACUCACAUCUCUGACUCUGAUAUGGACUCAGCAGGAGGAAGCAGCGAGGACGGGGAGAAAGAGUAACGAGCUGUGGAUAUUUACUGCCUCUCUUCGACAACAACUUGGCCUACUAGCAUGACUUCUGAUUUAUUUUUAAACGUCAGGUUUUAGAAACACAAGACAGUGCCUCUUAUCGCCUGUGGACACUUUUGAGAAAGUCUGUCUUACCCACGAUGUAGGACUGACCUAAGCUGUUUAGAAUACUGAAAAGAGUAUGGUUAAUAUAUAAACAUUUACAGAAUAUUAAUAUAUACUAUGUAUGAUGUAAAGAAUCUAUGAAAGCAGGGGGGACGUGUGUGUUGAAUUCUGCAUAUUUUUCCGAUUUAAGAGACAAAAUGGAAGGACGAGCCUCUGGAAAGCAUCACAUCUGCCACCUCUUUCACUUCUUAAUUUAUGAUAGGGAGUAAUGAUGAGAGUGUGGAACCACCUGUACUGGAGAAACAGGACAGUUCAAGUAUCACUGAGUAAAAGACAACGUCAACUUUUUGGCUUUUUAGACAAAGGAUCAGCACUUUGAACAAGACUGUACAGCUCCACAGACUUUGUACUUUUUUGGAAACUGCUUUACUUGUCUUAAUGAAUAUCAAUGAUAAUUCUUGAGGUAUCACAAGUAAUAUAAUGUUAAUAUUUGGGUUUAUUCAGAGACAAAGAACCUGUUAGUGUGAAAGAAGGGAGCAGAGGGAAUUUUGAUGGCUCCUGUCUGGUUACAGAAUGUUUUUUUUUUUGUGGAAGCAGCUGAUCGAACCUGGACAAUCUUUUCUUUCUUAUUUUGUAUAAGGAUCACAACUGUACUGUUUUACAUGAAUAUGUGGCUCAUUCUCUGUGCUAGCACCACCGUCACAACCAACCCCUCUUUGUCGUAUAUCAGGCACUGCAUUGUCUCUACGGUAACAAGACGUGAAGGAAGUAGUUUAAAGAUAUUGCAAUGCAUGGUUUCAAGUAAUUAGAAAACAGUAUAAAGACGUAUUGCUUAGAGACAAAUGGGGACGUUUCCUGUUGUUUUCUGUUUUAGAGUAGAAGCACAUGGUCAUGGAAAAAUCCAUUUUCAUGUUGCAGGUCCAAAACACAUUGAUAGCAAGAGGAGAUAUUCAGUAUCUGGAUGCUACACAGACAUUAGUUCUCUAAUAAUGACAUGGGCCAAUAGUCACGGGCAAUAUAGACUAAAUUUUCAUCACAGUAUAUGUAAUUCUCUAUUGCAAUAAUGACAAUAUUCUCAAACAAAUCAAUUUACUUCAUCACAUUGAUGCAAAACUCCUGUAAAUCCAAUAUCACCACAAAGCAGCAAUGCUUGUUGAUUUGGAACAGUAUCCACAAGGACUGGUACAAUCACAGACAUUAAGCUAUUUGUAAGUUUCGCUGUUGCUACAGAGCUAGCAUUAGCAUCAACAGCUGUUUACCAGUCUAGAAGAAACAUGAGUUCAGCAUUCCUUUACUACAGACAGCUGGUGGAAGGAAACACCAAUGUCACCACUUGUCUCAAUCACGUCUUCUACUGAAGUUAGCAUGCUAACUAGCUAGCCCCGGCCCAUCUCGAUACUUGACGAGAGCGACACACCGUAGCCUCCAAUCUGCCCUGAAGACGUAGCGCUGCUCAGGGGCCACAUUAUAACCUCUUGUCUCGUGAAUGUAACCAUGGCUGAAGCUCUUUUUAAGCGAGAUUCACCACCACCCGCUCCCGGCGAGAAACCACGCUCUAUGGCAGAAAAAACUCACAAAUAACCCCUGUAAUAACUUAAGUAAUUCUUAAACGUCCAUACUGUAUGUAUUGAAAGAUCGCCCGGGCCUAGAGGCCAGUAUAUCAAAACACAAACAUGCCCAACAGUGCUCAAAGGCUGUGAAAGUGUAUUUCUGUCUGCAAAGAGGUUCGUCUGAACAAACAUGAUUUUGCAUACGUGAAUCACCACAUUAUACAUCCAGUAUUGCUCAGCUGCAGCCCCAUCUCUACCAUUUUCUGUUUGUAAGAGCAAUGAGAACGAAUGCCUGACUUUACUGUUACUGACACUGUCGCUGUAUAUUAUCUACAAUGAGCUUGUUCGCAGCAGUUUUGUACUAUGGUUUAUUAAGACAAGUUUGAGCACCAGGUUAAAACAAUAAGGGAAUAACUUCAUAGCAUUUAAAGCUUGGAUGAAAUAUUUAAAAACUUGUUGAGCUACGAUGCUUUCAGGAGGGACAGAUCAGUUCAGUGUCUAGUGUCAAGUCUAAUUUGUCUGAUCAGCUGGUUGAAAGGCACAGACGGGCUGACGUCAUGAUCAUGAAGUGUUACAAUGCUUUGCUUUGUGUGUGUGUGUGUAAAUGAAAGGAGGUGACAAGGGAAGGUGUGUGUUGAGCCGUCAGCUCCCGAAGAAGAAGCAGGAUGUCACCUUUCAAAAACACCCUGUGAUCAACAUGUAGUGUCUUCUGAGUGUUUGUUUGCCUUCCAGGGCUUUAUUAUUCUGUAACAGUUAGCGGCAUAGAUCCUCUAGACGACCGUCCGUUAAUAUUUUUGUAUUACAACAAAAAUACUUUUAGGAGUAUUGAUGUACUGUACCUGUGAAAGAAGGAAAGUUUGAAAAAAAAAAAAAAUUCUUCUGUUUAUUGUUGCCAAAGAGAUGUUGUGCUGUGGUCCAGGGGCGUAGUGACCGAGAGGAGGAACACGACAGCAGCUUUGGCCUUGAACUGAUCAUUUAAAAAAAAAAUGGAGGCAGGAGUUUUGGUUUGGGAUACUGUCAGUAAUAUGUGCCCCCACACUGACCUGGUCACAUCAUUACUUUCUGUACCUUCUAUCAAAUAUAAAUAAAAGUCUGUUUUACACAUCUUAA